AUGACGACGACAGGCCUCUCCCUCUUCACCGCCAUCCUCCAAAGCGUCUUCGGCACGCUCGCGGGGUUCGUGAACGGGCGGUCGCCUCAUCUCUGGAUAUUCGGCAAACUCGCAGGCGGCCUCUCGGUAUUCACCUGGGUGUGGAUCGCCAUACUGCUACACUUCAACGACCGCCCACAAUCGACCAACCCGCUCUGCAGGUCGUACGCGCACUUUGGGUCGUUUGCGGUUUUCGGGGGUGUUUGGCUGGCGGUCGGCAUCAUGCUCGCGACGCAGAUGCCCUGGGAGUGCGAGGCCAAGACGCUCUGGUGCGCUGCGGCGAGCUUCUCGAGCGCGUUGGCGUUCUCCGCGACGCUCAUCUACCGGAGCGCCGCGCGCUCGGGCGCGGGGCUCGCGGUGAACGUCGCGCAGGCGGGCAAGGUCGAGCGGGAUGUGUCUGAUCUAUAG